UCUGGGUGCAGCCAGUGCAGCAGGAUGCCGGAGCCUUCCCGCUCCACUCCCGCCCCAAAGAAGGGCUCCAAGAAAGCCAUCACCAAGGCGCAGAAAAAGGAUGGCAAGAAACGCAAACGGGGCCGCAAGGAGAGCUACUCCAUCUACGUGUACAAGGUGCUGAAGCAGGUGCAUCCGGACACCGGCAUCUCGUCCAAGGCCAUGGGCAUCAUGAACUCGUUCGUCAACGACAUCUUUGAGCGCAUCGCCAGCGAGGCCUCCCGCCUGGCGCAUUACAACAAGCGCUCGACCAUCACGUCCCGCGAGGUGCAGACGGCCGUGCGCCUGCUGCUGCCAGGGGAGCUGGCCAAGCACGCCGUGUCCGAGGGCACCAAGGCAGUCACCAAGUACACCAGCUCAAAGUGAGGCGCGACGAGAGCGCCCCCAACCCAAAGGCUCUUUUCAGAGCCACCUUCCAAGCUCAAAAAAGGAGCGUGCUACCUGACUAAGAUUGUCAUUCACUUGAUAAACAUUGGGAUGGAGGGGGGAAGGGAGGGAGGAGUUGUACUGGACCUUGGGACCCUGAGAUAAUUACUCUUGUUCAUAACGGUACAUUAAUAAAUUUGUCUGAUUCAAUUU